AUGAGCGAAGAAGAAUCAAUUUUAAGCGUAGAGGUGUUUUUCUGCCUUAUACUCGUGACUCUAUUUAUGCACCUUACAGUAUAUUUGAACAUAUGAAAAGUAGCCGCUAUUUAGGUUCGAUAUAUCCAUGAAUCAGGAAUCAUAAUCAUUAUUGGAAUCAUCAUAGGAAUAAUAUUAUAUUUCGUAUUCUUUAUAUAGGCCUGGGAAGAACCUGCCAAGUUUGAUGCUUCAAUCUUUUUCAAUUUUAUGCUUCCCUUCAUCAUCCUCUCCUACGGCUUCAACCUCAAAAGACGAAGAAUUUUCAGAAACAUCUCACAAAUCAUCCUCUACGGCGUCAUAGGAACAAUCCUCAACUUUGUGCUCAUCUCAUGAUUCUCUAAUCUUCUCAGCAACUGGGGAGCAAUGUAUACAGAUGGAGGCAAAACUGAGUACAUCUCCUUCGAAGAAAGCUUAUAUUUAGGCGCUGUCUUGUCUGCAUCUGAUGCAAUUUGCGUGCUAAGUCUAGUCCAAGAGAACAAAACCCCACAGUUGCACUCUUUAGUCUUCGGUGAGCAUAUAGUGAACGAUGCUAUUGCCAUUUUGCUUGUGAGAUCAGUAAAAGAAGCUGGUUUCCAGACUUGGACUGCAGGGAACUUUUUCUCCUUUGUAGGGAUCUUUUGCAUAGAAACUUUCCUUGGGGUGAUUUUUGGGAUUGCUUUUGGAAUUUUCUGCUCAUUUGCUACUAGGUACUUGUGGGAGCUGAGGGAGGAAGAAAGUAAGCAGCUAGCGCUUAUGUUUUAUAUUGCCUGGCUUGGAUAUGUAAUCGCUGAAAUGUGCCAAGUAUCUGGUGUCAUUACAAUUUUGAUCUGCGGGAUCUUUUCUAACCAUUAUGCCUGGUACAACUUGACAUCCCAUGCAAGAAUUGUUGUAUCUAAUAGCUUUAAAUUUUUCGGGGACGGGGCGACUGCUACAGUUUUCGCUUAUUUAGGCCUUACUUCAGUUACCUAUACGAACCAAGAUAUUUCUUAUUCUUAUAUCCUUUGUAUGGUUUUUUCACUGAUGUUUGCUAGAUUUAUCACGACGUUUGGGCUCAGCUACUUCGCACGCCGACACACAAAGAAUUUUUCGCUUAAUAACCGUUCGUUAUCACUCUUUUGGAUAGGAGGUGCCAUUAGAGGAGCGAUUGCGUUUGCCUUGAUUUUGACUGUAGGCAAAGAUGAGACUGGAAGCGAAGAUGAUAAAAACAUUUUACAUGUAACAGUGCUAGGGAUUGUUAUUGUGACUACACUGGUAAUUGGGAGCAUUCUGCCGAUCUGGGUGAAGAUCAUUAAGCCUGAAGAAGAAACAUCUAAGGUGGUAGAUGAAGAUGAUGUCAGGAGAACUUUGCUGGCAGUUAAAAGGGAUAACUUUGUCGUUACACAAGAGGAUUUAGCGAAGCCAAAGUCUUGGCUGCAUAGGAAAUGGGUAGAAAUUGAUGACAAGCACUUAAAACCAAGACUUAUUCAUCCACAUGCUUUGGAAGAGCAACUUAAAGCUCAACAAAAAUUGGAAGAAAAAUUAAAAGAAGAAAAUGCAGAUGUCUAUCAAAUAGCGAGAGAAAUUGCAGAAGAAGGGAAAGAAGAAGAAAAAACAGAUCUAUUAGGAGACCUAAGAAAAAGUGAUGAUAGAUAA